UUUUCCGGCGUUAAUAUUCGUUCGGCAAACCUCUUCACCGGUCGCGCUGAACGACGACUGACUUUUUAUUUAAAUAACUUAUUAAUACUUUUAAAAAAACCAAUUCAAAAUGCGUGAGUGCAUCUCCGUACAUGUCGGCCAAGCCGGAGUCCAGAUCGGUAAUGCCUGCUGGGAGCUCUACUGCCUGGAGCACGGCAUCCAGCCUGAUGGUCAGAUGCCAGCAGACAAGACCAUCGGCGGUGGUGAUGACUCCUUCAACACCUUCUUCAGCGAGACCGGGGCGGGCAAACAUGUCCCUCGUGCUGUAUUUGUGGACCUCGAACCCACUGUAGUUGAUGAGGUUCGUACUGGCACAUACAGACAGUUGUUUCAUCCAGAACAACUUAUCACUGGUAAAGAAGAUGCGGCCAACAACUAUGCCCGUGGCCACUACACCAUCGGCAAGGAAAUCGUAGAUCUAGUCCUUGACCGCAUCCGUAAACUGGCUGACCAGUGCACAGGCCUCCAGGGCUUCCUCAUCUUCCACUCCUUCGGUGGUGGUACCGGCUCUGGUUUCACCUCUCUUCUCAUGGAGCGUCUCUCCGUGGACUACGGCAAGAAGUCCAAAUUGGAGUUCGCUAUCUACCCCGCUCCCCAGGUCUCCACCGCUGUAGUCGAGCCAUACAACUCCAUCCUCACCACCCACACUACCCUGGAGCACUCAGACUGUGCUUUCAUGGUUGAUAAUGAAGCCAUCUAUGACAUCUGCCGCCGCAAUCUCGAUAUCGAACGCCCCACCUACACCAACUUGAACCGUCUCAUCGGUCAGAUCGUGUCCUCCAUCACGGCCUCCCUGCGCUUCGACGGCGCCCUCAACGUCGAUCUCACAGAGUUCCAAACCAACUUGGUGCCCUACCCUCGCAUCCAUUUCCCUCUGGUCACAUACGCCCCAGUCAUCUCCGCUGAGAAGGCGUACCACGAGCAAUUGUCGGUCGCCGAAAUCACCAACGCGUGUUUCGAGCCCGCCAACCAGAUGGUGAAAUGCGAUCCUCGCCACGGCAAAUACAUGGCCUGCUGCAUGUUGUACCGCGGUGACGUCGUCCCCAAGGACGUGAACGCCGCUAUCGCCACCAUCAAGACCAAGCGCACCAUCCAGUUCGUGGACUGGUGUCCCACUGGUUUCAAGGUCGGCAUCAACUACCAGCCACCCACCGUGGUGCCCGGCGGUGAUCUCGCUAAGGUGCAGCGUGCCGUGUGCAUGUUGUCCAACACCACCGCCAUCGCCGAGGCGUGGGCUCGUCUGGACCACAAGUUCGACCUCAUGUACGCCAAGCGCGCCUUCGUGCACUGGUACGUCGGUGAGGGUAUGGAGGAAGGUGAAUUCUCCGAGGCCCGUGAGGACUUGGCCGCUCUCGAGAAGGACUACGAAGAGGUCGGCAUGGACUCCGCUGAGGGAGAAGGUGAAGGCGCAGAAGAAUAUUAAACGCAUUUAAUCGCUUGCCUGGCGCACGCACCGAUACAUUCCCCGGUGAUGAAAAUAAAAGAAAAAUUAUGUUGA